AUGACUCCCCACAAAAUCACCGUCGAUGGCAUGUCAGCCUGUGGGAAAACACGCCUCAUCGCAGCCCUCGCCGAACAUGCAACAACUCACUAUAACGGCAAAACCAAGCCCCAAGAGAACAUUUGUGGCGAUCUGAGCCCUAUCACAUCAAUUGAAAUUCAAGAUGCCGAGCCAAGAUCUAUUGACUUCUGGGAGGUUUCAUACUCUUCAUGUGGGAGACUUACGGUACUUGCCUAUCCGAAAACAAAACUUGUACUGUUUUGCUUCCCUCUUGAUUAUCUGGAUGAUCCAAAUUUCGAGUGGGAUGUUAAGGAUAAAGUGGACUAUUUGAUAUCAAAAGAGUCACACAAGGGUAAAGAUGCCCCGCUCAUUUUGGUUGGAUGUCGAAAUGAUCUGCGAAAGCAGAAAGAAGACGCGGGAUCUUGGACGGCGUUUAGAGAAGGCUCCAAAGAGUUCGAGAAGUAUGCGAGAAAGAAUUAUUUGGAGUAUUUUGAGUGUUCGGCGGAAAAUAGAGAAAACAUUGCAGAACUCUUUCAAGCCGUCAUUGGGAGUAAUGACUCGGCGCCAAAGAAGAGAAGGGUCAUAUCUUCUAAGUGUAUCUUGCUGUAG